CUCUUGUGCACUUCUCACUUUAUAUGUAUUUCACUUCGCUGCUUUGAGUCAUCUUGUACAGCUCCUCCCCCGUGAUUUCAGACCCCCAUUCUUGGUUCUAUCUAUUUUGUCAUUUACAGAACGAAGAUCCAGAUCUCGCUCGUAUGGCUGACACCGCUGCAGCCGUCCCCUUAUCGCAAGUAGGUGAACUCAAGUCCAUGGCCCGCGGGUUCCUGGUAUGCACUGAACGAAGUUAAUCCUCAAUUUAUUUUUAGGGGGCUGGGUAUGGAGUAGUUGUUGGUCUUGGGGCGCUCUUCGCCCUGGGAAUGAUUGGUGUCACCGAGGUCAUGAAGAGACGAGGCAACGUCGAAAAUUCUGAAGAGUUCACUGUUGCAAAGAGAUCUCUUGGGACGGGCUUAACAGCCGCCGGAGUCACAUCUUCGUGGACAUGGAGCACAACUCUUCUUUCUUCUGUCACCGUGGCCUAUGAAUAUGGUGUCGCCGGCUCAUUCUUCUACGCUGCCUGUAACAGCACGCAAAUUAUGAUCUUCAGCAAUUUGGCGAUUCAAUGCAAAAGAAAGGCACCUAAUGCCCGUACAUUUCUGGAGAUCAUCCGUGUGCGUUAUGGGACCAUCGCGCAUUUCUCGUUCAUGUUUUUUAGUUUAGCUUCCAACAUCUUGGUUGUGUCAUCUAUCUUGAUUGGUGGAGCAGCUGCAAUCAACUCGUUGACGGGGAUGAGUGUUUAUGCCAGUCUUUGGCUACUGCCUCUCAGUGUCUCGGCGUAUACUAUGCGGGGUGGGUUGAGAGCUACGAUUUUGACCGACUACAUUCACACCGCUAUCAUUUUGAUCAUAAUUCUGAUCUUCUGGUUCAAAGUCUACGCUAGUGGGACUCAAAUCGGCUCCCCAGGAAAGAUGUGGGACCUCCUCAUCGAAGCCGCGAAGCGGAACAACUAUUCAGCACCCACCAAGGAUGGAAGUUACCUGAGUAUCCGGUCCUUAGGCGCCCUCAAAUUCGCCAUCCUCAGUAUUCUCGAGUACACUGGUGUCGUCUUCCUAGACAAUUCUUUCCACCAAAAAGGUAUUGCAGCCGAUCCGGCAUCUGCUAUCCCCGGGUAUGUUCUCGGAGGGCUGGCUUGGUACGCAAUGCCUUUCACCUUGGCUACCACAAUGGGCAUUCUAGCUGUGGCGCUCGAAAAUACACCUGCGUUCCCCACGUACCCCAGAAGAAUGAACACCCAGGAAAUCGGUGCCGGCUUGGCUUUACCUUUUGCUGCUCAAACGAUUGCUGGUAAAGGCGGUGCCGGUGCUGUCCUCGUACUCAUGUUCAUGAGUUGCACCAGUGCUAUAUCCAGUGUCAUGAUUGGUGUCUCUACCGUUCUUUCCUACGAUGUCUACAAGACCUACAUCAAUCCAAAAGCUACUGAUAGUCAAGUUCUCCGCGCCGGACAUUGGUGCGUUGCGGGCUUUGCAAUAUUCAUGGCCGCCUUCGCCACAAUGCUUCACGGUAUAAAUAUUGAUCUGGGAUUCAUCUACAAUAUGACUGGUAUUUUUACGGGCUCAGCACUUCCCGCUCUAGUCGGGACCUUCUUUUCCUCGCGGCAAGGGGCUGUAGCAGCCACGGCCUCAAUCUGGACCGGCUUCUUUGCCGCUGUAAUAACCUGGCUCAACCUCGCCCAACGUUUCUCUGGAGAAGUCAGCAUCGCCUCAGUCGGUGCCACAGAUCCUUGUCUCUACGGCUGCAUCGCAGGUAUCGGUGCAGCAGCGGUCGUCACCAUAGUAGUAUCUAUCUUCGAAAACACCAAUUAUUCAUGGGAGUCCCUGGCGGCGAUUCGCUUGGUCGAUGACGAAGGAAAUGAUCGCGACGUCGCAUAUGCCGAUCCAACUUAUGAUCCGGAACGUCUUCGAAAAGCAGCUUAUGUUGCCCGUGCUAUCACAUUGUUCUUGUUCUUGGCUUUGUUUAUCAUUUGGCCUUUGACUCUGUACGGCACCGCGUACCAGUUCUCGAAGAAGUUCUUCACGGGAUGGGUCAUCGUAUCGCUCCUCUGGGCCUUUUUCUCUUUCUUCAGCGUCACUAUCUUCCCCAUUAUCGAGGGAAGACAUCUUCUUUGGUCCUGGGCGAGAGACCUCUUUGGAGGCAAGAGAGCCUCGGAAAAGCACGGUGAUGAGUUUGAUCACCAUCGUCAUGUCCAACAAUACGAUGAGUCUGAUAUUGGGGUUAAGGAGAAGGAAGUUGGUGUUAGUAAAACUGCGGCGUUUGGAUUGAAGGAGGAGAGUGAUUCUUAGAUAUCGGCUAUCGUGAUGUAGAAAAGGAAUGGGUUGGCGGCGGAGAGCUUAGAGGUUACAUGAGGAUGAGCAUAGUUUUCUCAAGACUAGACAUAGAGGC